UCUGGUGCAAAAUGUGGUUGCGAGUGUUGUUGCUACACAUCGUUUUAUUGGGAUCUGUAGUUUCCCAGGGAGAGAGGGACGCAAAUGCGAUUGAGAACUCCAAAGAAUCGGGUGAGAGCAUUUCGGUGGAACUUUAUAACGCGACAAAUUACUGCGAUCCGUCAUUGUGCGAAGGCCAUCCGCAUGUAGCCUGUAAUGCAGAGCUUUACAAUUAUGGAUCCAAAUGUGAAAUCAGCGCCCAAUUGCUGAAUUUGAAACGCGACACUGAACAGUUCAUUGUGGAUAAACUAAACGAGUUUCGUAAUCAAGUGGCUCGCGGAGGCUUUCAAGGAUUUUUGCCAGCCAGCCACAUGCCAGCUUUAAGCUGGGACAAGGAACUGGCGUACUUAGCGCGACUGAAUGUGCAGAAGUGCAGCUUAGUUUUCGAUAAAUGCCGAAAUACGAUGUCCUCUAGGGAUGUGGGCCAGUCCAUUGCCUAUAAGGGGCUCAAGGGUAAUUUACCAUUGUUGGAAGACAUCAUUUCGGAUCAGCUGCUCAUGUGGUUUAAUGAGAACAGUGGCGCCUCAAUGAUGGACAUUUUAAAAUAUAGGGGUCACAACGUUGGAAAGCCAAAAGAUAACUUCCUACAAAUGAUUCUGCAGGAUAACGAAAAGGUGGGCUGUGCAGUGCUACAGCAAUCGAAAAACGAUUGGAUGCAAACCUAUAUCACUUGCAACUACGACCAUUCUCCAGUUGCCAACAAGCCCAUAUAUGAGACCAGUCCAACUGCCGCAGACCAUUGCCCGGACGGCCAAAGCCGCAAAUUCCAGUUCCUUUGCAGCACCCUGGAUAAUGAAAAGGAAGAAAGUCCAUAUGCUAUGGUAGAUAAUUUUAGCAGCGAUAGCUCUGAAGAUGAAUCCAAGAAACAAAAAAAAAAGUCAGCAAAGAGUCGAACUCAUAAAGACGGAGUUGUGCAUGAAGUGACAACUUUGAAGAAAAACAAGAUUUUUAGAGUCAAGGGAAACACGUUGAAACGUAAAUUUGGAAAUUUUUUAAGGUAUUUAAACAAGGCAAAGAAAAAGACUGAAAACACCCAUGUCGUGAUACUGACCAGCAAUCAUGAAGUGGACGAUGGAAAAAAUCAGAAUGAGGAAGCCCAAGCAGCCAAAGUACUUGCAAGGAGGACUCGACUAAUGCAGAAGUCACUGAGAUCACAAGCCCGUCGAAUCCGGAAUCGCGGCAUAAUGAGCCGGACUAUGAAACACAGUAGAAUGAUCAAACAAACUGCACGAUCUAGAUCCGGGCUGGCCAGAUCCCGGAUUGGCAAUGGGCAUGCUAUUUGGCGUACCCUCAAAUAAUAAUGUAAUUUAUUUUUUAACACCACUUCAUUUCAAAAUGUAUGCUUGGUGACAAAGAAGGGGCUCUUCUUUAAUAAAUAGUACAUGCGAGUCCAUACAA